CAUCCAUCUCUUUACUAUCCAUGAUCGGCUAUCACAGACUUUAAUGUUUGAGUCUUUGUUCUGAGGCGCCAAUACAACCGGAGUCUGUAUAUUAUUAUUAUUAUAUUAUGGUCCUAUAUACCAUGUCAAACUCGGUCUUGUAAGUUGUAAUGUUAUAAUAUAACGGCGGGUAUAUUAUAUUCUUGAAUCGUGAUUUCAAUAAGUAAAUUAUACUGCAGUCUAAGUGUAGUACGAAAAACGACGAGAAGCCGCGUAGAUAAUUUUUAUGUCAGAAAUUUACAAUUUGAUAAGAAGGACCGCACUACCUCUCAGAAAUUCGCAGUAAAGCCAACAGAUCAUCGCAUUUAACACUGACGUCAGACAAAGUGAUAUCUGAAGACAUUUAUUACUUCAUCAUGGAUACAUUUUUACUUACCAAACUUCAACUACCUGAACUUGCCCUAACGACUGAUAAAAUAGCCUUUGCAACAGCGAAUGACCCAAAAUUGAAAAAAGUGUACAAAGAGAUACUUCUAGGUUCAAUCGGACAUGAUGAAUAUUCGAUACAUGAUGGAUGUAUCCUAUAUCGUACACGGAUUUGGAUUCCAAAAAUUUUACAAGGUGGUAUUUUAAGAUAUCUACAUAUAGAGCAUGGAAAUCCCAUCAAGCUUAUAGGAUUAGCACUUUCAUAUCAUGUCUACUGGCCAAGUAUUGAUGAGGACAUUUUUAAACUUACGAAACAUUGUCAUAGAUGCAUCGCAAUAAAUCGUGCACCAUGCAAGGCUCAUGUGAGUUGUUGGAAGGUUCCCACAGAGCCCUGGGAAAGAAUACAUAUUGAUUAUGCAGGACCAUUUAUGAAACGUUUGUUUUUAUUGGUUAUUGAUGAAUAUUCUAUGUGGCCGGAAGUUUUUAUCUUAAAAUCCUCAUCGGCAUCAAAUGUUAUUGAAAAGUUACAAUUAUUGUUUUCUAGAUUUGGUCAACCUAAAGUUCUUAUUAGUGAUAAUGUAAUGCCAUUUAUGAAAGAAGAAUUUCAGACUUUUUUGAAAAGUUCAGGUAUAGAACAUUUUACGUCUAUUCCUAACAAUGCAGAAUCUUAUAAAAAAGUGGAAAGACUUGUAUUCUCCUUGAAGCGUGCGCUCAUAGAACUAAAAGGUCAUGUAGGUUGUGUACAAAAUAAACUGAAUACGAUAUUGUUCACCUGGAGACGUUCACAGACCAUAUCCACUGUAAAGAGUCCAGCACAAUUGUUUCUAGGACGAGAGUUAAGAUCUAACCUAGACCUACUAAAACCAACAGUAGACAAAGUCUCUAAAAUAACGCUGAAAGAGGAAGAUCCAAAUCCAUCCCAAUUAUUUCAUUAUGGUCAAAAAGUAGCUGUACGUUAUGGGCUAAAUGGUUAUAUACUUAAUGCAGAUAGCUCAGAUUAUCUGACACUAAUUAAGGUAAAUGGAGAAGAGGUGAUCCAUCAUAAAGACAAAGUGAUUCCUUUUCCAGUCUUUAAAACAGUUUUGGACACUCAAAAAAUUCCAGACAUUCAAACAGUUCCUGUCAUGCAAACAGUUCCUGUCAUUCAAACAGUUUCUGUGGUGCAACCAGUUCCAGACACACAAGCGGUCCUACCUCGAAUGUCAAAGAGAACAAUCAAACCGAGAGAACGUUUAAAUUUAUAAUAUAAGUAGAACUGGGAGCUUAGCGUGAGCUGAGUUGUACAUGAUACAAGUACCUAUGUAUUUUUCAUAUUAAAAUAAUUGUAAGUUUAUCAGAAAUGUAUAUUAAAAAAUUUUAGAGGCCCUAACUCUAAAUUCUAACGAGUA